GUGCUAAGCAACCAGUAGUAACAAACCAUGUAAAGUUCAAUCAGUUUAAUUUUUUUUUUCCUUCCAUUUAGUAAACUCUUUCAAACUUUUAUCUUUGGUAAGCUAUGGAAUCUGAUGGCAAUGCAUCUGAGCUUCUCAAUAACCUUAUGAAAGAGGUUACUGAGAAGCAAUGGGAAACUUUCAAGAAAUCAUGGAGAACGAAUAAUCUGGUUAUAAGUGAAGUGAUGAGCGAAGGUUCUGAAGAAAGUGACAAUGAAGAUAAUGUGUACAGUCUUGACAACUUCCAAAUUGCUGAAAACAUGGAGAGUGAUGAAGCGAAUGAGAUUAUUGACCCGAGGAUCACAAUUGAUGACGAAUUAUCGACUGUACGCUAUCUUGAUAACCAAAUUUCGUUUGACGAACUGACUGAUGUUAUGGAAAAACGAGACUUCCAGCGAAAAUUUAAUACACCAGUUCAAUUGCAUCAAGAAGAUAUAGAGUCUGAUGAUCAGCAAAGUGACCCUGAAUGGUUUUCAGAUAAUCAAUCUAAAAGAAAAGGUAGACGCAAAGAUACCGGUCGCAAAGGUGCAAGACGAAGUAAAUUGCCUAGAGAUUUAUCAGGGCUUGUUGGUGAGGCUAAUUUGGCUUUUGCUCGAGGUAGUCAUCAAGAUGCUAUCGCAAUGUGUUCUGAAGUAAUACGUCAAGCACCCACUGCUCCAGAGCCAUUUUUAACUUUAGGUAUGCUUUAUGAAGAGAUGGGACAAAUUGAAAAGGCUUUUCAGUACAAUCUGAUAGCUGCUUACCUCUGUCCAUCCGAUGGAGAACACUGGAUCAAGGUUGCUUAUAUGGCUAUUGAACAGGAAAAUUAUUCGCAAGCUAUAAAAUGUCUCAACAAAGCCAUCAAAGUCUUUCCAGGUAAUUUUGACAUUCGUUUACAAAGGUGUCAACUUUUUGAAAAGAUUGGUGAUUUCAAAAAAGCUCUUGAUGCUUAUACUAGUUUAUUGGGUGAACUAAAAGAUGGAAAAGAUGCAAUGGAGUUGGCCAAAGAAAUUGCUAAAAUUUAUUUUAAUAAUGAAGAUAUCAAUUCUAGUCUUAAAGUAAUGGAAUCUACUUUUGCCAAAUUUGAAAAGUUUGUGACUGGUGAAGGUGUCAAUCUAUAUUUGGAGCUGUUAAUUUUCAAGAAAAAGUAUUUAAAAACAUUAGAAAUUUUCCAGAAAUUCUGUGGAAUCAGAUUAGAAAUUGAAGAUGAAGAAUUGACAAACUUUGAUCCUGAUAAUUGGUCAAAAAUUUGCCCUGCGAAAGUCGAGAUUAAACUAACAUUUGAGAUGCCUGUUGAUUUGCAAGCAAAACUUGUUGUUUGUUUGAUCAAUUUAGGGUGUAUGUUGUCUGUAAAAAAUUUAAUUCGAGGUAUAACGAUUGGUAGUGCAGAGAAAAUGAGUGAUCUUUACUUGGAUAUCGCUGAUGCCUAUGCCGGUGUUGAGCUGCACAAAGAAGCCGAGCCACUCUUAGCUGCAUUAAUUGUUAGUAAAGCUCGCCACAAUUCGCAAGUAUGGUUAAAGUAUGCCCGUUGCUUGCGUCAACUUGAAAAAUUUGACGAAUCUAUUCGAGCUUAUAGAGAAGUUGUUCGAUCGUGUCCAGAUGAUCACGAAGCCAAACUCGAGCUUACAGAUCUUUUAAUCAGAGUUGGGAGACCUCAAGACGCCACAAAUGUUUCAGAUCAAGAUAAUUCUGCCAUUGUUAACUUGGAGCUUCUUAAAUUACGAUGUGACUUGUUGUAUCGUCAAGAGAUGUGGAAAGAUUUCGUACAUGCUGCUAAGUUACUUUUAAGCAAUGAAAUGGAGUUUGUUGAUACUGAACGCGAACUUAUGAUACUUGCAACAUCAUCUUCUUUGGCAAGAAGGUUGGAGAACUUGAGAGAUGUGCAAAAAGAAAUGGGCAUCACCAACAGAAGGGAAUCGGAUCUUGAUUUUGUUGGUAAAGGUCUUGACUUCAAGGAUUUUAUUAACAUUUAUUUAAAAUUGUGUCGAGUUAUCCUUGAAAAGCUGAAUGAAAAAGAGGAAUUAGUCAGAAUUGCAUUGUCUACAUAUUCUUCCGCCUUUAGUGAAGGAGAAUACUUAAAACAUAUUGAUUAUUAUGCUCUCAUGGCACUCUUCGAAGUUCGAGAUGAAAAAUUUUCUUACAGUCUGGCAAAGAAUGCUCUUUCCAGGGAUAUACGCAAUAAACAAAUUUGGAAUAUAUUUGGUGCAACAAUCAAUUUAGUUUAUCAAGAUCUUAGACACAACAGAUUCUGUUUAAGACACUUUAUCAAAUUUCCGGAUAUAACAGCUUUAGCUUAUUUUAAUGGUCACAAUGCUUUAAUUAGCGGAAGCUAUAAACAUGCUUUGGGAGAAUAUGUAAAUAUACAUAAAGAAAAUCCUAAAGAUCCAUUUGCUAUUCUUUGUAUUGCCAUUGGAUUUCUUCAUCUUGCCUGCCAAAAAUUUACCAGUAAUCGUCAUUCUGCAUUUAAUCAGAUGUGUGCAUUUCUCAAUCUUUAUCUUGAGGCCCGAGGAGAAUGUCAAGAAAGUCUCUAUAACAUUGGACGGGCUUUCCAUCAACUUGGUCUAUUCAACGAAGCUGUACAUUUUUAUGAAAGAGCAUUAAAUUGCAUUUCUGAAAUUGAUUCUGAUUCAGAUGUUGAUAAGGCUCGUUUUAAUCUCAAUCGAGAAAUAUCAUUCAAUCUAUCCUUAAUUUAUCGCAAUAGUGGCUCACCAGCUUUGGCGCGUCGUUACCUCAUUAAAUAUUUUGUUGUAUAAAAAAUAGAUAAAUUUAUCGUUCACAAUUAACUUGAUCAUGUACUCAACAAUUUGACAAUUGGCGAUUCAAAUUCUUUGAAAUCAUAAUAUCAUUGCUGCGUUAUAAAUUUUGUAUAUAAUUGUUUUUAUUUCACUCAAUUCUUUAUGUACAAAAUCGUAAACCAUUAAAAUAAUUUUCGUAUGUAAAUUAACCUUAAUUAAAGCUGAUUUUGUCCUUUU